AUGUCAAAACCAACAGACUCGCGUAUAAUUGACGGUGCCAAAAGGCGAUCUUCAUCCUCGUCGAAACCUGGAGAAAUAACUGAUAUCCCCAAAAUUAUCUUAGACCAGAGAAGGAACACAUCGUCUUCUUUACCAUCGUCGCUUCAGGCGUCGUCGUGCUCAAACGCUUUAGCCCCGACCACACACUCGGGCAGUCUUCCAGAUGAUGUUUCCAACGAGGCAAGUGGGGAUAAUAGGGUGGGUGCUAAAUAUUUGUGCACCGGGAACUGUACUCAUAUGCCGGUGAGGUCUUCGUCGGAUAUUGGGCUUCCAACAGUCAAAUCCCCUUGUCUAGUUCCGGCUGGCGGUUUCAGCAGCCAUGACAAUCAUAUAGAAGUCUUCUGCUCUCCCCGAACUCUCCGGAAAUCUGUGGAUUCUAAUAUAAACACUAAAGAACAUUUGUUCUAUCAAUGGGAGAAGGUCCAGACGAUAGAUUCGUCCAAUAGCUGUCUCAAAGUCCUCACUUCCGGAAGUCGCGCGGGAAGUGCGCUAUCGUUGAACAGCGAGUGUACAGCAAGAAGUAUAGGUCUACUGUCAUCUGAUUCAGACUCGGAUAAAGAUCUGUCACUGGCAGAAUCAGACAAAGCCAGAUUUAAACCUGCGCAGCUGCGGCGCUUUAUGUCAUACCCAGACGAAGACUUUUCCCCGGAACUUUGUGCGAGAUCAUCACAAUCACUGGGUGACCUAAUCUCUUCAGACAACACAGACAAAGGCUUUAAUCUGGGCAUGAGAACUGCAUGCCUUGAAGCCGACUCAUCGAGUAGUUUGACGGGCAAGUCUGAAUCCACUUCAGUCUCUGUGUCCAACAGCAAACCUGAUUCUGUGUGCGAGCUGAACCCGAUAGAGCAGAUGGGUGCCCAUGCUGAAGACUUGUUUAAGGAUCGCGAUAAAAGCAACACUGGCUUGCCAACCAACAUGCUUUCAUAUAAGUGUGACAGCCACAAUUCUUCGCGGGAUAUUCGGAUACGCCAAUGGCUUGAAGAUAUGAAUUCUGAUCGAUAA